GCCUGGACCAUGGCUGCAAACUACAGCGCCAACCAGUACGAGAAGGCGUACCGGCCCGUGCAGCUGCAGAACUGGUCCCCCGCGCGGCCGACGAAGGAGAGAGUGGCUGCCCACGAAGGCUACACGCAGAUCAUCGCCGACAACCGCGGCCACCUGCUGCCCUCCGUGCCCCGCUCCCAGGCCAGCCCCUGGGGCUCCUUCAUGGGCACCUGGCAGAUGCCUCUCAAGGUGCCCCCUGCGCGGGUGAACCUGACUGGGCGCUCCGCGGCGGGCGCUGCCAACCUCACCAAGUGGAUCCAGGCGAACCCCGACUUCCUCCGUGCGUGCAAUGGGCUGUACCCCGAGGUUGUGGGCAAGCCGCCAGAGGGUGACACGGCCCAGAAGCAGCCAGGGUCUCCCUCCAAGACUUCAGAACUGCUGGCCCUGCAGCCCAAAGUGACCCCCGGCUCCCAGGACGCAGGCUCCGUCUCUCCGGACUCGCCCCAGAGCAGACACCCUUCCGCUGGCCACACCCCGGGGCCAGCGACCUCAGUCCACUCACCCCUCCCCACCUGCUCCCCACCCAACACCCCCUGCAGCCCCAACCCUGUGGACCCCAAACCCCAGGCCGCGAGAACUGGGACAGCGGCAUCCAAGAGUCCAGAGAAGUUGGCCUGCAGUCCAGCGGGCUCACGAGGGGCCAGUGCCCAGUGA